CUUAAAAGAUGCUUUCCCCGCUCCGGUACCCUCUUUCGUAUUUUCAGUCCCUUCGUACUUUGUAGAAUUGUAGUGUUUAUGCGGCACAUGUCAUAUGCCUGUAUGACUUUUAGGAACUAACCCUUUUUUUUUCUUUUUUUUUUUUUGGGGGGGGGGGGACUCAAAUGGCCAUCAGUCAAGUUGAAGCUCCUCAGAGCAAGAAGAGAAAAGAUUUUAUACCUUAUUUUUUGGGGUUUGUCCUGUUCCUGUAUUGCGCCGUUCAUCUUGUAUCGUUCACAGCAAAUCGAGUGGACUGGAGCCACACGAUCAGGGUGCGCCGGGCACUUGAGAACGAGACGGAAUGCGUCGUACCUCAGUCGUCGGAAUUCCCCGACGGCUUCUUCAGCGUCCAGGAGAGGAAGGACGGAGGCCUCGUCAUCUACUUCAUGCUCAUUUUCUACAUGCUGUUGGCCGUUGCCAUAGUCUGCGAUGACUACUUCCUCCCAUCCUUAGAAGUCAUCAGUGAGCGUUUGGGACUGUCUCAAGAUGUUGCGGGUGCCACGUUCAUGGCCGCUGGGAGUUCCGCACCUGAGCUGGUGACAGCAUUCCUGGGUGUUUUUGUGACAAAGGGGGACAUUGGGGUCAGCACAAUAGUGGGCUCAGCUGUCUACAACCUGUUGGGUAUCUGCGCUGCAUGUGGACUCUUGGCCUCUAUGGCCGGACGUCUCAGCUGCUGGCCGUUGUUCAGGGACUGCUUGGCAUACGGCAUCAGUGUCGCCGCCGUUAUUGCCAUAAUUUCUGAUAACAAGGUGUACUGGUACGAUGCCGCCUGUCUUUUGCUGGUCUACGGCGUCUACAUCGUAGUCCUGUGCUUUGACCUUCGCAUCAGUGAGUUUGUCUUGAGGAAGAUCAGCCCUUGCUGCACCUGUCUGGGAAGAGGCUCAGGUGAGAAGAGCGAGACGCGACCCCUGAUGGGCCUCUGGCACGAUGACACCAGCCUCCGAGUCCACAGCCGCUCCAGGACGGACAGUGGAAUCUUCCAGGAUGACUCGGGAUACUCCCAUCUUUCUCUCAGCUUGCAUGGCCUCAAUGAAAUUGCAGAUGAGCAUAAAGGUGUAUUUGCUGUGCCGGAGAGCGACUUAAAAAGGAUCCUGUGGGUUUUGUCUCUACCGAUCAUCGUCCUGCUUUUCCUGACCGUCCCCGAUUGCCGAAGGCGGUUCUGGAAGCGGUGGUUCGUCGUCACCUUCGUCAUGUCUGCAAUCUGGAUCUCGGGUUUCACAUACGUCCUGGUGUGGAUGGUCACUGUUGUCGGUGAGACACUUGGCAUUCCUGACACAGUGAUGGGACUCACUCUGCUUGCAGCUGGAACGAGUAUACCUGACACUGUCGCCAGUGUUAUUGUGGCCAGAGAAGGGAAAGCCGACAUGGCCAUGUCCAACAUUGUGGGCUCCAACGUCUUCGACAUGCUUUGUCUGGGUUUGCCGUGGUUCAUCAAGACCGCAUUUGUGGACACCGACAACCCCGUGGAGGUCAACAGCAACGGCCUCGUUUUUGUUUCCGCAACGCUCUUGCUUUCCAUCCUUUUCCUCUUCGUGGCCGUCCAUGUGAAUGGUUGGAAACUGGACUGGAAAUUGGGCGUUGGCUCCCUCAUUUGCUACAUCGUCUUUGCUACUCUGUCUAUCCUAUACGAGCUGGGGAUUAUUGGGACUAAUCCUUUAAGACUGUGUAGCGACUGAAAUACAACCCCCCUCCCGUUGGCCCAAAGCCAUUUUACAAAGACUGUUGAGAAAACGUCCCAAGCAAAGUUCCAACUUGUGCAUUCUUACCAUUAAACCUGCUGUGCCAUAGACGGUCCACAUCACUUCAUCUCAGGAAGAGAA